AUGGCAGUGACCGUGGCUAUGGCCCUAGACGUGGGUCGGGAAGUAAAGAAGACUCUAGACGAUGGGGAGAUGCUACGAGGCUUGCUAGGGCUCCCGACGGAAGGCGCAGGAGCAGGCGGGGCAGUCGGAGCAGGCGCAGGAGGAGGGGGAGAAGGGACUGAUAUCGAGCAAUCAAAAGGAGGCUCGUUGGAGCUGAACGGGAAGGGAGCGCUCGCGCCGGAGAUUCACGCGUGCUUGAGUCGCCUCGAAGCGAGGUUUGGCGGGGGGAGGACGGCGGUUGAGGCGAUUGAGCAGUGGGUGAAUUCCCAGGUGGAGAGUAAGGUGUCAGGAUCGGUGCCAAGUGGUGGAGAACGGUUGGACAAGGUGAGCGCCCCGACGGCUGUGGGUGUGGUUGACGGGGCGAGCGAAGCAGGCGAAGUCGAGCGAGCUGUAAUUGCGGAAGCGGAGCACCUGGGGGAUGCGGCAGCUGUGUCAGCCACUGGCGAAAACUGGUUACCAGGUAAGCUGGCGGGCUCGGUUGAAAAGCAGCAGGCGCAAUCGAAGGUCGCUCAUGCUCUCCGGGGCUUGGAGUCCUGGGUUGGUACUAACGGAGAUGCUUUUAAAGGAGCGUUGCUGCAGCUUUUGGAGAAGGAAGAGGCGCGGCUGGAGGGAGGGAUCCAACGGCUGGAAAUCGAUUCUGAGCGGAAGAUCUGCGAUCUGAGGGAGGAGAUGGAGCGAGCGGUGACCGGCGAGGGGAGGAAGCGGGAAGCUGAGCUGGACCGGAUGGUGAAUCUGCUUAUAACGGAGGCAGCGCACAGGCAGCAACUGGAAGAGGACAUUAAAGCCGUGCACGAGCAGUGGGCGAGGAAACUCGAGGAGGCACGGGCGCAGCAGCAGGCGCAGCAACUGGAAGAAAUGGCUAGGGUGAAGAGAGAGAUGGAAGAGAUGAGGGAGCAAUGGCAGGCGCAGCAGGCGCAAGCGAACGAGGCUUUAAGAGCAGAGAAGGAAGCGGUGAGAAAGCAGAUGGAGCAGAUGCGAGAGGAGUGGCGCGUGCAGCAGGCACAGGCGAACGAGGCUUUAAUUGGUCCUAUGGAGGAGAUACGCGAGGAGUGGAGGGCUGCGGGCCUGGGCGGGAGGGUGAAACAGCUGGAGGAGCGGUUGGACGGGGUGGAGAGCGGUGAGCAGGACAUGGAGAGCCGGAUUUUGCAGAAGGUGGCGGAAAUGCGGGUAGAGGCUGGGCUGGAGGUGGAUAGGGUAGAGAAGAUUGUUAAUGAGAAGGUGGAUGGACUGAAACAGGAGCUGGAUGGGAGGAUUGAGGCGAGUCAGCAGAAGGUGGAGCAGUUGGAAGAGCUUUGGAUGGGUGCAGAUGUGCCUGGUAUGGUUGCGCGGAUUGAAACGGGGGUGAAGUGUAACAAGGUUGUGAUUGAAGCGGUGGAUAGGCGGGUGAGGGAGCAGGCGGAGGGGCAGGAGAGGGUGAUGGAGGAGGCUGAGAGGAAAGUGAGGAGGGUUGAGGAGAGUGUGGGGGAGAGAGUGGGGAAGGUGGAGGAGAGUGUGAGGAGUAUAGAGGAGAGUGUGGGGGAGAGAGUGAGGAAGCUGGAGGAGAGUGUGGGAGAGAAGGUGGUGAAAUUGGAAGAGAGUUUGGAGGAGAGGGCUAAGAGGGUAGAGGAGAGUGUCAUGGCAGGAGUGAGGAACCUAGAGGAGGUGGUUAAGGAGGUGGAGAGACUUGAAGAGAAGAGCGUUCAGGAGAGAAUGGGGGAGGUGGCAGGUAGUGUUGAGGAGCGAGUGAGAGAAAUUGAAAGGAAAUUGGAAGAGAGGAUGAAGAAGGUAGAGGAGAGUGUGGAGGAGAGAGUGAGAAAGGUAGAGGAAAGUGUGGGGGAGAGAGUGAUGAAGGUGGAGAGUGUGGAGAAGGUGGGGGAAGCAGAGAAGGGUGUAGAGGAGGGGGUGGAAGGAGCAGGAGCGAGUGUGGAGGAGCGAGUGGGGAGGCUGGAGGGGAAUGUGGCGGAGAGUGUGAGGGAGCUGAGGGAGAAGGUGGACGAAGUUGGAAGGCAGGCUGCAGACGUGGGGAGAGUGGUCUUGGAAAUCAGUAAGGCUGUUGCAGAGCAGGUGGGAGUGGGAAGGCUGGAGGGAAGUGUGGAGGGAAGUGUGGAGGGGAGUGUGGAACAGAGUGUGAGGGAUCUGAGGGGAGAGAUAAACGCUGUUGGAAGGCAGGCUGCGGAGGUGGGAAGAGUGGUGUUGGAAAUCAGCAAGGAGAUGAGCAGCAAGAUCAGCAAGGAGGUUGCAGCAACAGCAACUCCUUCCCACCAGCAGCAGCAGCAGCAGCAGAUAGAGGCGGUGAUUGCAGUUGGCAGGGAGGUCGCUAAGGUAGCAGCAGAACUUUCCAAAUCUGUCAAAUAUGCCAAAUCUGGCAUAGGGAGCGAGGGGACGGAGGAGGGGGCUGGUUUGCUGGAGCAGGUGGUUCUGAUUGGUCCGGAGGUGGCGAGUGUGGGAGCAGCGAUAGCUGCGGGUGUUAAGGAGCAAGAGGGAAGGAAAGAGGAGAUUAAGUGUCUCGAGGAGGUGGUGCUGAUUGGUCGAGAAGUGGCCCAGGUAGCAGCAGAAAUCGCCAAGGCAGCAGCAGCAGCAGCAGCAGCCGGAGCAGCAGCAGCCCUGGACGAAGCUUCCAAAAAGGUGGAGAACCUGCAAGAGCCAGCAGCAGCUUUGGACGAACCUUCCAAGAAGGUGGUGCACCUGCAGAAGCUCCUGGAAGAGCAGCAGCACAAGGCUGACGCGGCAGCUGCUGACGUGGCAUCCACGAUCCAACAGCUAUCAGAUAAAAUCUCUGCGCUGGAGCUGAAACAGGCGCAGACCACGUCAGCAGCAGCAUCAGCCGCGUCAGCAGCGUCUGCCGCAGUUGCAGUCACUCACGCCGCGUUCCCCCGCGCUGCGUCCGUAGGAGGAGGCGUAUUCAGCUCCCCCGGCGGCCCUAAGACGAUCACAGCAGCGGCAGAAGCAGCAGCUGCGAUUGUGGCGGACAGAGGGUGGGUGCAGCAGCAGCUGGCGGAGCAGGAGGUGAAGGUGCGGUGGCGAAUGGAGGCUCUGCAACGAAUGGCGAGUGUUGCCCUGGAGAAGGCGCAUAAGCAGGCUGAAGAGGGCGCUGCGAUUCUUGCAGCUCUGGCGGUGCGAGCGGCAGAUUUCGACAGUAUGCUGAAGCAGGUCCAGGAGGUGAUGGCGGCGCUGGCUGCGCGAGUGCGAGGCGUUUUGGAGCAGCAGGUCGGGAGAAACGCGGAACUAGAGGCGCUGGUGGGAUGGAAAGCGCGCAUGGAGGGGGUUUUGGAGCAGCUGGCGGGGAGAAACGCGGAGAUUGAUGCGCUGGUGGCUCUGAAAGCGCGGAUGGAGGGGGUUUUGGCGCAGCAGGCGGGGUGGGAUGCGCGUGCUGAUGCGAUGAUGAAGGAGGUGGGGGAGAAGGUGGGAGGGCUGGUGGAAGGGGAGGCUUGCUCCCAGGUGGAGCUGCCACACACCAAGUCCCAGGAGCAGCAAGAGCCUUGCGAGUCGACUCAGCAGGACCAUGACGCGUCAACUCAGCAGGACCUGCAGCAGCAGAGCAUUCUUGAAACGCCCCAGGACUUGUCAGCCCAGGUGGAGCUGCUGCGUGCCAAGGCCCAGGAGCAGCAGGCACAGCUGCUGCAGCUGCAGCGGUCGCUCCAGGAGAACGGCAGACAGCUGGCCCUGCUUGAAAGGGCGUGCCGAGAGAAAGAGAGAGAGAAAGCCGGUGCUGCUGCUGUGACUCGUGAGGUGGCAUCAGAGGAGCAGGCGAGGCAGGAGGAUUUGGUCGAAAGGGAGUGUCGGGAAAAAGCCGGUGCUGUUGUGGCUUUUGAAUCGACUCCAGAGGAGCAGGCGAGGCAAGUGGCUUUGAUAGUAAGGGCGUGCAAGGUAAUGGCAGAUGCUGCUGCUGUUCUUGAGUCUACGGAGGUGUCAGCUAGGGGUUGUGAAGAGACGGCGUGUCAGGAGAAAGCUAAUGCUGCUGUGACUCUUGAGUCGACUCCAGAGAAGCAGGCGAGGCAAGUGGCUGUGUUGGAAAAGGCGUGCAAGGUGAUGACAGAUGCUGCUGCGGUUCUUGAGUCUACAGAGGUGUCUGCUAGGGGUUGUGAAGAGAGCGCGCGUCAGGAGAAAGCUAAUGCUGCUGUGACUCUUGAGUCAGACGCUUCUGCAUCUCCUGAGUCGACCCAGACGUCGAUUAACGCUUGUAACAAGAGCAGGGAGUGCAUGGGGAGAGUGGACGCUCUGGAGUUGACUCAGAAGCAGCACGCGCAGCAGCUAGCCGUCCUGGAGAGGGUGUGUCAGGAGAAAGCAGAGGCUGCUGCUGCUGCUGCGGCUCUUGAGCUGACGCAGGAGCAGCACGCCAGGAAGUUGGCUGUGCUUGAGAGGCUAUGUAGGGAGAGAGUUGAUGCAGCUGCGGGUGUUGAGUUGGCUCAGGCGCAGCACGCUAGGCAACUGGCUGUACUGGAAAGAAUUUGUCGGGAGAGAGCAAACGCGGCUGCAUCUCUGGAGUUGACGCAGAGGCAGCACACUAGGCAGCUAGCCGAUCUGGAGAGGGUGUGCAGGGAGAGGGUGGAGAGUGCAGGUCAGAGAGAGGUGCAGCAGCAGCAGCAGCAGCAGCAGCAGCAGCAGCAGCAGCAGCAGCAGCAGCAGCAUCAGCAGCAGCAGCAGCAGCAGCAUCAGCAGCAGCAGCAGGAGCAAGAGAGUGCCGCGGUGGCGCCUCAAAAGGAAGAGCAGCAGCAGGAACGUGCGUUGGCAGUGCAGGAGCUGAGAAGGAAGUGGGAGGGCAUGAAGGGUGCUGGUGGGAGUGCAGCAGGAGGAGCAGGCACGAGCAAAGGUACAGGCACGGGCACAGGCACAGGCACAGGCAGUGGAAUGGGCACAGCAACAGGAAGUGGAAGUGGAAAAAUGGCAGGGAUAGGAGGGGCUUCAGCAGGAAAAGAAGUGGGACAAGCAGAAGGAACAGGAGCAGGAGAAGCAGGUGGGAAGGCAGGCGAGGAGAGGCAGAAUGAUGGGUCCGAAUCGACUCAUGAUGAAGAAGCGACUGCUAAGGGUAGAGGAGCCAUUGUUGCAGACUCCACCACACCCCGAGUAGCACCAGCAGCAGCACUGGCAGCACAAGCACCACCACCACCAGUAGCAGCAGCAGCAGCACCACCACCACCACCACCACCACCACCACCACCAGCACCACCAGCAUAA